UACCUCUUUUUGAAUAAUCUGAAAGGAUAUAAAAUGCAUUUGAAAUGAGAAAAUUGCUCGCUCAUUCUUGGUUACUUUCAUUCAGCGUAGUUUUUUUACUCUUUUCUCUCUUUGAACUUAGUAAAUUUCUGUACUACUGCAAAUAAUUAUUAUUUAGCUUUCGAAAAAUAUCAAAUUCUUUGAAAAAUUCAAUCCAGAAAUAUAAAAAUUAUCAAAUUAAAUAUUGUCAACAAACACAGCGUUAAGCUUUAAGCGGAGGCGGGAUACAUCUGUGGCGGUGUGUUCUAAGAGGUCCGCGCCAGGCUUUAAGAUGGGCAGCAUCCUUCGGACAUAGCAUUCAACUGUAGAAGUCUCCGAUUUGUCUGUGACUACCUCAGCGAACUCAACUACGAUGGAAGCUCCAGCUGCAAAGACUACCAAGACCAAGAAGCCCAAGGCCCCAGCCGCUCACCCUCCUGUAGCAGAGAUGGUCAACGCUGCCAUUCGUGAUCUGAAGGAACGAGGAGGGUCUUCCCUUGUUGCUAUUAAGAAAUACGUAGCCGCUACCUACAAGGUGGAUACCGUGAAGCUGGCCCCGUUUAUGAAGCGAUACCUGAAGAGUGCCGUGGGCGCUGGUACGUUGGUGCAAACCAAGGGGACCGGUGCAUCUGGUUCGUUCAAACUAGGUGCAGCUGCUAAGAAGCCUGCCGCUAAACCCAAAGUCAAGAAACCCAAAGCAGUGAAGCCCAAGAAGCCCAAGGCCACACCUAAGAAGGCUAAGAAACCGGCGGCUACCAAGAAAGCUACUAAACCUAAGAAGACCACGAAGUCCCCCAAGAAAGCUGCCAAACCCAAAAGUGCCAAGAAAACCACGUCACCCAAGAAAACGGCAAAGAAGCCCGCCGCCAAACCUAAAACAGCGAAGAAGACUCCAAAGAAAGCAGCCAAGAAGCCAGCUAAAAAGUGAAGAAAAUAGUA